AAAACCUUGCCUACAACCUACGAAGCAAGUAAGCAUCUGACAGAAUCAUCAUCUCUCUUUCUUCUAGGGUUUUGGGGUUCUUGAGGAGGAGACGCUAUUAAACAUGCAGCUGACACUUGAGUUUGGAGGAGGCUUGGAGCUUCUUUGUGACUCUAAGAAGAUUCAUAAUGUCAAUGUUGAACAACAAAAUGGAGAAGACAAGUUAACCAUGAAAGGUUUGCUUUCCUGGGUGCGCACCAACUUGAUUAAGGAGAGGCCUGAAAUGUUCAUGAAAGGAGAUACUGUGAGACCUGGAGUUCUUGUCCUUGUGAAUGAUUGUGAUUGGGAGCUAAGUGGUCAGCUAAGCACAUCACUGGAAGAUAAAGAUGUGGUGGUUUUUAUAUCAACCUUACACGGUGGGUAGGAUGUCCCAGUGAUCAAAUACUUAUGAAGUAAUUAUUAUUUCUUAAUGAACACUAAUGUUGGAGUCACUUGUGAUCUUGAUAAUAGUUAAAGUUUAGAAAUCAAAUUGGUGAAUCAGCCUUGUAUACCAUAUGCUCCUAAACGUCUGUACUUUUGUUGAAAUCAAAUUGCGCUUAUAUAGUCAAUACUCUCACGGUAUUUGGCAAGGAUGUAAAACUUUUCAGACAUUAACAAAGUGAAGUUUGUUUAGUGGAUCUCA